AUGGACACUUACGACAACGAGAUGGCAGCACAUGCGGGUGACGAUGUUGAUGGGAUGAUCUCUCAUAGGACCUCCAACAACAAAUAUGCAACGACAACGAUACGCAAGUAUGUCUUAGUGGCCCAGGUAUUUGACGUCCCUCAAGAUCUCAGGUUUAAUGCAAUAACUCUGGAUGAUGAUGAGGAGGAUGAAGAGGAUGGUGGCAAUAGCAGAAGUGAUAUCGAUUGGAACUUGGAAAAGAGUAGCCCUAUUUUCUCCAAUGACUAUCACGGUGAAAGUAGUAAAACUGUGCAUAGAGUCAAACGAAACGAUAAAAAACAUAACUUAAUAAAAUUAACUGACCUCGUCCAUUCAAAAAACGAAAGCAGCGCAACAAUCAACUGCACCACACAGAGGUUCUUGAAUGGCGGUCAUCGCAAAAUUAAAGCCCAUGAUUGGCAAAUGAAGACAUAUGAAACUGUUUAUGCAAAGAAUACAACGCGUCAACAUAGUUGUGAUGUUUGUGCAGAUAACACUUCAAACAACACCGCCAAAAUAAGCAACAACAUCAUUGCCAAGUACAGGCACGCUCCGCUCAAUGAACAGAAAAACACCUUCAAAACUGUGAGACGGAAAAAGUCUUUUGAAACAGUUCGGGAUAACAAUUUAUUUAAAUACAUUGUAAGCGAAUCAAACAAUAUUUAUAACAUAAACAAAAACCACAGUAACAAAAUUAUUAUUGAUAGCAAAUAUUUAAAGACCAGUGACAAUUCUACUAACAUCUUAGAAAACAUUGACAAAAAUGCUGACAACAACAACAAUAAUAAUAAUGUAAAUUUUAAUGAUGUUUCAUCUAACAGUUCACGAAAAAAUAACAAACUGCAGAAGCACACGCAAUCAAGCAAAACUACCUUGCAUUUUAUACCCGCACAUUCAUUUACAUCGAAACUAGUUACGUCAAAAAUAAAAGUAACAACACAAAGGUUAAAGACGCACAAUUCAAAGAGUCGUACCAAAACAAUUUCAAAAACUUGGUCACCGUCAUUACCCAUGUUAUCGUUUCCACACUCAGCAACAACUCCUCAUUCUUCGGUUUUGACAACGCAACAUCAAACGAAAGCUAAAGCACCGAAGCUGACAUCUACACCAACGCCGUCUUCAUCCACAUCUGCGUACUCACAGCUGCUGUCAUCACAUUUGCCUUUUACGACGACGCGAAGAUUUGUUCACAAAAAUUUAAAAACUAUAAAUAUUAAACGUGGUGACGUUUUGGGAAUCUACUUUCCAAUGGAAAAUCCCAUUGCCUGGUCAACAGUGCCUUGUUCGUCCAUCAGCCACCAUCACCUCUACCACCAUGUUACUAUGCCCUCUCGACAAUUCCAAGUUGGAGAUGCGGUAAAUUUUCGCCAAGCAGCACCAGGAAGCACAGCUUGCAGACAAUAUUCGCUUGUCGCUAUAUUAAACAUAUUGAAGUUGGAUGAAAUCAUGGCAGAAAUUGGUGGAAUACCUGGUCCUACGUUACAAUGA